AUGGCGUGGGAUCAUCUGGACAUCGAUAAGCCGCAUGUGGCUUACAUGAUCCUGGGAGGUUUCACAGCCCUGUUCAUGCUGUGCUCCUUGUUCGUCAAGGAGAAGCUGUACAUCGGUGAAGCCACCGUAGCCACGCUCUGUGGUAUCAUUUUCGGCCCCCAUGCGGCCGAUUUGUUCAAUCCGCAUAAAUGGGGAAACGUCGACAAAAUCACUCUCGAGUGCUCGCGAAUUGUCCUGGUCGUGCAAUGUUUCGCCGUCGGCGUUGAGUUGCCAAAGGCCUACAUGGAACGCCAUUGGAAGUCGGUUACCUUGCUGCUGAUCCCCGUCAUGACGUGGGGUUGGUUAAUGACCAGUCUGUUUAUCUGGUGGAUGGUGCCUCCCCUGAACUGGCUGGAGUCUCUGGUGUGUGCUGCCUGUGUCACGGCUACCGAUCCUGUCUUGGCGUCGUCAGUCGUUGGUAAGGGAAAGUUCGCCAAGCGUGUCCCCAAGCAUUUGCGUGACUUGUUAUCUGCGGAGUCCGGGUGUAACGAUGGUAUGGCUUUCCCAUUCAUCUACCUAUCAUUCUACAUCUAUCACUUCCGUCCUCAAGUCGGCGAGGUGUGGCUAAACUGGUUCUGUAUCACCGUUUUGUACGAGUGUAUCUUGGGUGCUAUUUUCGGCUUCGCCAUCGGCUAUUUUGCUCGCCAUGCGAUCAAGUUGGCUGAGCGCAAGGGAUUGAUCGAUCGUGAGAGUUUCCUAGUAUUCUACUUUGUGUUGGCUGUAUUCUGUGCUGGUUCUGGUUCUUUGCUGGGCAUGGACGACCUGCUGAUCGGAUUCGCUUGUGGUGUUGGAUUCAGUAACGAUGGUUGGUUUACGGAGAAGACAGAGGAAUCUCAUGUCUCCAACGUUAUCGAUCUUCUGCUCAACUUGGCAUACUUUGUCUAUUUCGGAUCCAUCAUUCCCUGGGAGGACUACAACUCCCCCGAGCUCGGCCUUACUCCUUGGCGGCUGGUGGUGAUUGCGAUAUUGGUCCUCUUCUUCCGACGUAUUCCCAUUAUGCUAAUGCUCAAGCCAAUAAUACCGGACGUCAAAACUUGGCGAGAAGCUUUAUUCGCAGGGCAUUUCGGUCCUAUCGGUGUCGGUGCCAUUUUCGCCGCCAUCCUCGCUCGAGCGGAGCUGGAGAACGACAACACACAACCAUCGCCUGAAGACGAGCUCCCAAUACCAGGAACCAGCAAUUACUAUGUUGUCAGGCUUAUCUGGCCCAUCACUACAUUCAUGGUCAUCACAUCUAUUCUAGUACAUGGUUCGUCUAUUGCAGUUUUCACUCUGGGUAAACGUAUCAACACCUUGACUAUCACCCUAUCCUACACACAGGCCAACGAGGAGGGACCUUCAUGGAUGAACCGUCUUCCUCGUGUGCAGUCAAUCGCCAAGGGCUCCAUGUCCUUCCGUAAGACGGAUGAUACGGAUGCCUCAUCGGACGAAAAGCUUCCUGAGUAUCCUCCCGGUACCUUGCCCCCCAUCGGCAUGCCUGGCAACUUCCUCCGCCGGCAACGUGACGAAGAGGGAGAUAGUGAGUCACAAAACCUCGAGUCUUCUCGUCGCAAGCCCCUGCGGAGACGUCGCCGUAAGCGUGCCGCUGGUGGCGGAGGCCCAAUUAGCCAGUCUGCUAUUAUGCCCGCUUCUCGGCGCGCCGAGGACGAAGCCGAGGCCGAGGCCGAAGAAAAGCAAGAACUUGAUCAGCGCGAUCAGGCUGAGCGUGGAGCUUCUCCACCUCGUGCCGAGCGCGAUCGAUUCGGUCGUGAACCGGAGAUAGAGGUUUAUCAAGAGGGCCACGACAUGGUCAUUGAGGAUGAAGAGGGCAAUGUUCUCUCGACUGAGGAUACCUCUCAUAUGUCUCCGGAAGAGAAGACUGGCCACAUUGAAGGGCAACGCAAGCGUCUGGAAAAAGAUAAAUCAGGAGAAUUUGCAGCAUCGGAGAGUCAACCCCACACAAAGACCGAGGGAGAUGAGCUCGAGGAGAAGGUUGGUAGGUCAUAUGGAAACGCUCUCAAGAAGUGGACCAAGUGGACCGGACUUGGAAAGGGUCGAGCCACGGAAGAGGAGAAGGCAGAGACCGAAAAGAAAGAAAAGCCCAAACCUCGUUCAGCUCAUGCAUACCAAUUCGGCAACACUAUUAUUGUUGAGGAUGAGGACGGUGAGGUGAUCAAGAAAUAUACCCUUCCUGGCGGCAAGAAGGGUGAAAAGGGUGAGAAGACCCAGAAGGAGACCACCGUCCCUGGAGAGGCUCCUGUUCGACGUGGUUUGAACCGCAUGGGGACCUGGCUCGGCAUGGAAGAAGAAGGCGAAUCUUCCCAGGCUGGCCACGAAAAGAAUAAAGAUAACGAUUGGACCGCCGACGACGGCAUUCGAUUCACGUUGGCCCAGGAUCCGCAAGUCGACGCUCAAGGCAUUGGCCACAAGGGCCGACGUAUGAACAAGCAGGAAUUCUUCGAGCAGAUGAAGGGUCUUGACGCCAAGGCCCGCCGGGAUCUGGUUCAGCAAACCGACGCACCAGCACCAGUUCAAGAAAGGGCCCAGCACGAAGCCAAGGAAGAAGCCAAGGCCCAGGGAAAGCAAGAGCGCCACCCUGCCGCUAACACCAUCCCCGAAGAAGACACUGAAGCUAUGGAUUCCGAGUCCAUCAGCGAUAGCGACGUUAGUGACGACGAGUCUAGCAACCAUCAUGGUUCCCCUAACGUGGCCGCCUCACUGGCGAGGUUCUCGCGUGGCGUUGGUACCUCCGCCGCCCAAGAACGCCGCAACAACUUCAGCCCUGCGCCACCCCGUAUACGGGACCGGCCUCGCCGAGAUUCCGACGACGAUGGUACAGAGCGUAUCCCACCUUCGCGUCUCCGUCAAGCCGCUGGUCUCACUGCGCCCCCACGCCAGGCUGACGACGACACAGGCGAGACCCCAGCCGAGCGUCGUCGCCGUCUGGACGCCUUAGGUGUGGAAGGUGAGGAGUCCGAGAAUGGCGAUGGCUCAGAUUCGGAUGAUAAUGCCAUCGUGGAGGAAGACUCAGACAUUGAAGAGAACGAGACUGGCCAAUCAAGCCAGAAUACGAAAAACAACCAGCCCGGCGAAACACACAAGCCAUCUGAACAGUCCUCUGGAUCUGGAUCUGGAUCUGGAUCCGGCUCCAACUCCCAAUCUACCUCCCGACACAUCCCGCGUAUUUCAUGGGGAGGCGAGAAGGGACGCGAGCUUUAA